GCCGCGUCGUUGAUGUUGUGUUGUCAAUCAAACAAAAAUAUUUUCUGUGACUACGAUACCUACCUUGAACCUACCAUUUAAGUUUAUUAACUAGAAUGAAUUAUAUUUUAAAUCGUACCUAAUCUAUUACUUUCCAACCCGACGAUGUUAAAGUUAUGAAUGUUUCAAAAUUGGUGGCAAAAGUGUUUCGCGAGAGAACUGAAAGUGGGAAAGAUUGUUUUGCUCUGUUAUUUUUAUGGAGGGUACACAAAUCUGCCAAAUGCUGCCUUCUAUGCCCAUUUUAUUUACUAGGGAUAGCCAAGAUGCUUUUGGGAACAGAAUAGUGCCGAGCACAAGUUACUUAAACCAAAAUAAUCAAACAAAUACUAUCGUUCAAUCAGAGGCUCCUUUAUCGAAGACAGAAAAUAAGCCACAGAACGUUAAACAAAAUGAGGCGAACAAUAAAGUGGAUAUCAACAAAAAUGAAGACCUAACUAAAUCAAAAAACGAUGAGAACCUGAAGGAAACAGCUUUAGUAAGGUCAUAUUAUACAAAGAUCCAAACAAGGUUUGCAUCACAUUCUGCAGCACCUACAAACCAUUUUGUACAAUUCAGAGAGAUUUUGAGAUCUUUUGACCCAGCAAAGGAGACACCUGUAGAUUUGUAUAAAAAAGUUGAAGAACUAUUUGGUGCCAAACAUAAAGAUAUUGUGGAAGAAUUUCUGCUGUUUCUAAAGCCCUGUCAAGCAGCAUCGAUUGGUAGAUUUAUGGACCACUUCAUGAUUUCACAGAUGACUGUGUUUGUACAAUUUUUACAAACAUCAUUCAGUCGCAAGCCAACAGUGCUCAGGAAGAUAAUACGCGCAAUAACUACUGGUAUCAACAGUGGAAACAGCACAGAUAUGAAGACGAGGGUGCUGCCACAUCUAAGAUCAAACCCGCGCCUCGUACAAAUGUUCAAGACACUGUUUCCUGACGAAAGGCCACCAGAUAGCGUAUAUGACACAGGUGCAGAUGUUAUCGAAGAUAGUUUUCUAGAAAGCGAUAAAGGAUACGAUGUAUGGGAGUUCGAAGAUAAAGAUGAUACGAAGAAGGCGGAUGCUAAAGUUCUAGACUCUGAGUAUUUGCAUGGCAGAGUGUUCCUUCAACACGGCAGACUUUUACGUACAGCUUGUGUCACCUACCCAUAUAGUAAAGAACCCUAUAGAUCUCACGCAAGAAGACUUGCGCCAAGUCAUUGCCUUUCCCCGCCUGAUUCAGAUUCAGAAACCGCAUCGCCAAAAAGAAAUAAAGGUGCGUGCAAGGUACCACAGAAAAGAACGAGAAAACAACUCAAAUCGCCUACGAAAAAUGUGAAAGACGUAAAUGGUAACACUAAAAAAGAGUGUAUUACAAUUCCGUUAAAUAAUUCUAAAGUUAAAGCGAAAUAUCAGAAAAGUAAACAGAAUAAAAAAGAAGAAAUAAGUCAUAAGAGAAAAGAAUGUGUAAACAAAAAUGCAUGCGUCAAAAAAGAUUAUGAACUAAAAGUUAAACCUAACAAAGGAGAAAUUAAUGAAUUAAAACUUAAGCAAAUUAAAGUAGAAGUUCCGCAAAUUGAAAACAAAAGUUGGACACGUGAUGAAGAUAAAACUAUGUUAGAAGUUUUAAAAGGAGAACCGGGCUCUGAACUGGUUUUUAUAAGGAUAAGGGAGCUGUUGCCCCAUCGAACAACAACAGAAAUCAAAGAGAGAUUUUGCCACGUUAUGAAUCUAUUACAACAAAUGGCGGUUAAUGAAGUCACAUAGUUAUAGGUUAUAGGUUGAAAGAAUUUAACACAGUUAAACUAAAUGGUAUUUAUAGUUUUAUAUGAAUUAAAGUUAAUAUUUUUUAGCGA